ACCAGGCAGGCAGGAGGGAGGCGGCUCGGUACGUAAUGGCUCUAGGGUGUAAACAGUGGAAAGGAUGCAUCAUUGUCAGGGGGUAACGCGACACACCCCGCCCCCUCUUCCCCCAACCCGCGCAGCCACCUCGCUUGCUCCCGAACUUCAUACCCCUUGCAAAACCCGACCCUGCUAGUAGUUUUCUUUUGUCUUGCUGAGAAUUCUGGUUUUCUGAGGGCGUAAUGACUGUGGUACAUGAUUGGCCUUAGAUAGAUCCCGUUCCAAUAGGUGUUCAUUUCUUUUCCACCUCGCUUUCUCCCGAACUUCAUACCCCUUGGAAAAACCGACCCUAGUUUUCUUUUGUCUUGGUGAGAAUUCUGGUUUUCUGAGGGCGUGGUGACUGCGGUACAUGACUGGCCUUACAUAAUCCCGUUCCAAUAGGUUUUCAUUUCUUUUCUACCGCGCUUGCUCCCAAAUUCAUACCCCCUGUGAAAAUCGACCUAAUUUUCUUUUGUCUUGGUGAGAGUUCUGUUUUCUGAGAGCGUGGAGGCUGGGCUACACUCACUGGCUUUAGGUAGAUUGAGUUCCAAUAGGUGUUCAUUUCUUUUCCACCUCGCUUGCUCCCAAAUUCAUACCCCCUGUGAAAAUCGACCUAGUUUUCUUUUGUGUUGGUGAGAUUUGUUUUCUGAGAGCGUGGAGACUGGGCUACACUCACUGGCCUUAAGUAGAUCGAGUUCCAGUAGCUGUUCAUUUCAUUCACUUUUGUUGCGGUGGAGAGCGGAGAGUUUAGUGUUUGCCAGCUUUAGAUCGCGUCCCAGUAGCUCUUCAUUUCAUUCACUAGUUUUUGUUGCGGUGGAAGGCAGGGUGUUGGCUUGCCUCGUGAUGACAUUUAAAGUUAAGCGAGUUACAGUUUAGCGUCUGCCAGUCUUGAGAUCAGCCACCGGUCGAAUCCAGUGCCAGUCCAGUGUUUCGGUGAUGCUGGGUGAGCCGCUGAACACUACGGAGGCAAAGUCCUGUUUCACUUGCAUUCUCUCCAACCGUGGCCCUUGUUGAGGAGUGCCAUGACGACAGCAGCAUCCUCUCUAGCUGGCUGUCUCCUUGGUGUCUUGAGAUUAGGAUGAGGCACCGAGAAAAAGCGAAGCGUGGUGCCUUUCAAAUCCCCGGGACAAACUGGCAACUGCACGUCAACAGGUGAGCGCACAGACUCCAGGUGAAAGUGGCCACGUGUGGAGGCUGGGUCAGAGCCUAGAUUGUAAACACAUGAGUCCCGUUAACACACAACACCAUGACACUAAACACUAAGCUCGGUAUUGUAAGACGCUUUCGCUUCUCACAUCAACUAUUUCUAAAGGUCAAAGAGGGGGUCAGUCUUAUUCUAAUGAGUGUUUCUUCAGGUUCACGGUACAGAGGAAGGGUCACACUACCACCUGGGUCAUAAAACUACCCCUGGAAAUGCCCACAACUCCUACGAAAGCCAUGUUCUUGUGCGACGAAAUGGUUUAUAAUAUUGGCAGGUGUUCAGAGGUGAUUUUUUUCCGUUCAAGAUACAGAGGCCGUGUAAAACCAUCACUAGUAUAUUUUUACACGUAUCGGUCUCCUAUUACGACUCUUAACUAAGGCCACAGAGAAGAUUAACCAGGUGUUCAUAGGUGUUUUUUCCCGUUCAAGAUGUAGAAGUCGUGUAAAACUAUCUCCAACAUCACAAAACAGUCCAUGGGAGUCCCGGCAACUUCUACGAGAGGCUUACAGAUUGGGGAACUGAGGCGCUGAUAUGUUUGAAAAUACGGGCUUAGUAAAGAGGAGAAUAAAAAAGAUACAGUAAAACAUCCAAUUGAAUGAGAAGAAGCAGAACUCCGCUCGAGAACGCGUCAUGGCACAAGUGGGAACGCCCUAACGAAGCCCCCGAGACACAUGUGGGGCGAGGCACAGUUGCAGCUCUACCUCUCCGAGCUUCCGUUCAAUCCGUUGCGUCAGUGUGAUCGUAUACGUGACCUCAACAUGUUCCUGUGGCGAUCAAGGUGUGGGACAACCUGGCGAGGAGCAGCCGCAUUGCUUCUGUUGCUGUUGGUGGCGAGCAUCUCCUUCUACUACUACUCGUACCUCAAGUCACGGCUUCCCUUCAAGCGUGAGUCGUUACCUGGUUACUCGCUGCCCUGGGGUGAAGUGCCGUCGGUGCAGAGCGAGGACUGCAUCCCCAGCAGGAGGGACCUGGCGAGGCGGCUGAUGCGGGCACAGCGGCAGGUGGUGGGAAUGGCAGGUAAAGUGGACGGCACAGCUGGUCCCUCGCUGGCCCAUGAGCUGCGGGCCAUCGCUCGGGAGCUGGACCCGCGGAUCGCCACGGAGGACGCGGCGCCCCGACCCCUGACCAGCGCUGUGUGCGGGGAGGUGUAUCGCGGGAGGGACGUCGACGAGGCCUGCCUCCAGAACUACAUGCAGGUUAAGUGUGACGACGCGCCGCCCUUCAAGGAGGUGCUCACUGUCAUCCUGUCGACCAAGGGCUGGGAGGCGCCGCGCGUCAGGACGGUGGUGCAGAACAUCAGGAAGUACUACGACCUGGACGUGGUGGUGCUGAGCUACGGCUCCGGCGGUGACCUCGGGACGCUGCGGGGUGACGGUGUGUCUGUGCGAACCCUGAGCGCCGACACUUCGGCGUCCUCCGCCAUUAACAGGGAGGUGACGAAGGUAAGGACGCCGUUCGUCCUCCUGGCGGACUCCUUGACGCACUUCGUCGGAAACUUGUGUUCCCUGGAGCGGCUGGUGAGAGUCCUGGACCACGAGGGACAGGCAGGGGUGGCGGCAGGGAGCUACAGGACACUGGACGGCACCUGGCACCACGGGUGUCUGCUGCGGCGGAUGGAGAACUACCAGCUGGCCUACGCGUCAGGCUACGAAAACUCCCGCCACGAGUGCAUGUUUUGUGACGACGUCGUGGGUCCGUUCGUGGCGCGCACCGCCCUGCUGCGGAAGCUGCCACUGAGGGACGAAAUGGAGAGUCCCGCGACACUUCGGGACUGGUUCAUCAGCGUGCAUAUCUCCGGCAGCCUCGCCGUCGUGUGUCCGGACGUCAUGUUCUUCGUGGACGAGGCGCCAGCGAUGACCCGCCAAGAGUGGCUGCAGGUGGCCGCCAAGUGGGCGGUGCAGCACGUGUGGCCUCACAAUGGGGAAAAGCUUGAGUUCUCGUGCCCGGAGCUCAACAUGGAGUGUGUCAACCUGAUGAAGAUGGUGUCGUCCUUCCUGGUGCCGCCGUGCUGCCGCGACGAGCUGCGUCGAGAGUUGGGUCUGGUGCAGGAGUGUGGCGAUGAGCUGGGCCUCUACGUGGAGCUGCAGGCCGGCAGCCUCCUCGGCGCCGUCAAGACCGACGGGAUCCUGCCGUGGGACUUUGACAUGGACGUGAUGACCGACUGCAAGGACCAGGAGGCUUGGAUGGAGAAAGGCACGAAGUGCAUGGCGCGGAAGGGAUGCAGCGCCGUCCACAUGAUUGGCAACUACUGGAUGACCACUUGCAACGUGUCCUUCGUCGACGUCACAUGCAGGCCCGAGAGACUGACGCCGCUGCCGCCCGAGCUGCGCGGCGUCCCGACCCGCGUCAACUACAACGGCAGGAUGAUCGUAGUGCCGCCCAACCCCGCGAUGGUCGCCAGGAACUACUAUGGCCCCGAGUACCUCCGUCAUGAGGUGCACUGGCGCUACACGGGCAAGGACAAGGGACUCCGCUGGAACCGCUGCGCCGCGCCGGGCUUCCACGCCUGCCUCGAAAACUUCCCCACCGAUGGCAAUAUUAAGUUCAGGAAUUUCGCUCAGCAGCUGGUGGGACUCUGACACCCGCAGCUCCUACCCGUCAUCGUCCUCGGCCUACAUCGUCUCCUCUGAGACCCGAGGAGGACAGGCUGGGUCGUGGCGGCGCCGGGCUGGCGGUACUCUGUGCUCAGGAAAUCCAGACACAUCGCUUACACACACAGGGGGAGGGAGACACAGGGACAUGUUCUUAUCUUUAUCGUUCACGGACAGGAACAUUCAGGGCUCGCGGCCAGGCGGGCGUCGGACACUGGCAGCAGGACGUGCGUCACAAACGACCCUUGACCCGAGUGUUACUUACGUCAGUGAUGCUUCCAGAUGCCUUGCAAACACCCUCCCCCCGCAGACAGAACGAACAGCAAUUAACUUGUACAGAAAAUAAUUUUGGCUUCGAAAAGAGAGAGAGAGAGAGAGAGAGAGAGAGAGAGAGAGAGAGAGAGAGAGAGAGAGAGAGAGAGAGAGAGAGAGAGAGAGAGAGAGAGAGAGAGAG